AUGGAGGAGGGCUCUAAGGCGCUUGUACCUGUUUCUCCAUCAUCAUCUGGCGGCGGAGCUGGAGGUGGGUCUGGCACUCCUCUGUAUCCUGGUGCGGCAUCCCACCCUCUGUCCUCUCUGCUGUCACAGCAGAGGCUACUGGAGCUUUCUCGCUUCGGGCUCCGACACUACGACAUCGCGCACCAUGUGCUGUCACAGCAAGGUGCUGUAACUAAGUUGCUUGGCACUCUUCGGCCACCUGGUCUGAUUGGAGGUAGUAAGCCUAAAGUUGCGACUCCUGCCGUGGUCUCCAAGAUAGAGCAGUACAAAAGAGAAAACCCUACUAUUUUUGCGUGGGAGAUCCGGGAAAGACUUAUUUCUGAAGAGGCCAACGAGCCAAUUGCGAUAAUUGCACCAACGACACCUCUCGUGCCCAUGCGUGACGUUAAACAUCAGCGGCUAAAAGAAAAUACGGCUUAA